GGUAAGUUCUAAAUAUGUACAUAUCAAGCUUUAUAGCCUAUUAGUUUGAAUGUUGAUGCGCUCAGAGGUCAAACAUCCUACCGAGUAAAUUCGCAGACAUACUUUCUAUGUAUAGAUACGCUAAUAUUAUUUUUGCGUAAUUGUAGGUAAACCAGCCAAUGUAAUGGAUGAGACAAAUCCUGACUGGGUUCCAACGCUCCAUAUGGGGCACUCCGAAAUCCUAACAUCUAAUUCUGACCGUCACAGACGGCGAACGCAACAAAGAGCGGCAGUCGGAGGCUUUCAUAAAGGAGUAGUAGAGUGUGAAGGUGAGGCCUGUGCAGCAGUCACACAUGAAGAGCAGCUCAAGUUGGACACGACAGAAGACCAACACCAUAGUCACCUUGCCAAGGAGGCUGUGGGCCAGAGUUGUGUUGGACAAGUGGAGGCCGAGUUAGCAACUGCAAAUGUAGAAAAUCUUGAUCUGACAGUAAGACACACAGAGGCUACUAGACAGACGAAGGAUUGUGUGUGCUGUGAACAGAGCAGAGCAGAAGUAAACCGGUUGUUGGAGAACAGGAAGCUUCAAUCACAACUGAAAAAGACAGAGCUGAAUGAACAUUUUUUAAAGGAUGACACGGAAAAAGUAAGAUAUUACACUGGACUACCUUGUUUUGCAAUUUUACUGGCCGUGUUUGACAAUGUAAAAGCUUUUCUGCCAGCGUCACAGAAACUGUCGCAUUUCCAAAUGCUAUUACUCACACUCAUGCGUCUCAGACUUGAUCUUCCUGUCCAGCAUCUUUGUGAUCUAUUCAAUGUUUCCCACAAAACUCUGUCUUCUGUCUUUACCGAUACCAUUGAUGUUUUGUAUGCCCGCUUAGGAGCCUUGGUGCACUGGCCAGAGAGGCACUGUUUACAGGCCACAGUGCCCCCUCAAUUUAUUGAAAUUUUUGGAAAACGGGUAGCCAUCAUUGUAGAUUGUUUUGAAAUUCGUACAGAAAGACCAUCAAAUUUAAAGGCACGUGCACAAACAUACUCUCAGUAUAAGGGUACACACACCAUGAAAUACCUUGUUGGGAUUACACCUCUUGGUGCAAUUUCAUUCAUUUCCAAGGGGUGGGGUGGGAGUGCAUCAGACAGACAUAUCACAGAGAACUGUGGUAUUCUUCAAAGGCUGUUACCAGGGGAUGUAGUUUUGGCUGACAGAGGCUUUGAAAUCAGAGAUCCUGUGGGAAUGAUGUGUGCAGAGGUUAAGAUCCCUGCAUAUACAAAGGGCUUCUGUCAACUCGAUGCCAGGGACAUAGAAGAUAAGAGAGCCAUUGCCCACCUAAGAAUUCAUGUUGAGCGAGUAAUAGGUACUUCGCGCAAUAAGUUCAAAAUGCUGCAUACCACCAUGCCAAUCCGUCUACUUCUUCCAUGUGAGGGUGAAGAUGUGACCCUUCUUGAUAAAAUAGUGAAGGUUUGCUGCGUUUUGGUGAACAUGUGUCCCAGUGUGGUGGUAAAACCAGGGACAACUGAAACUUGCUCUUGUUAAAAAUUCGUAAACGUGUGCUGUAUGUAUUGUGAUUAUUUCUCUUAAGACAUAGUAAUUUCAAGACAGUUGGUAGUGCGUUAUGUUAUAAAAACGUUGUCAUUACAUUAAUGUAUUUGUAAACUGUAACUGACACUUAUUCUUCACUGUAACUACUUUGAUCGCCUUUGACGUUGUUGUAAUAAAAGUAAUGAAAGGCAA